AUGCAAACACAAACAGAUGUCAAUGAAGUGAUGUCAACACGAUACCGACAUUAUGCAUUGAUACGAUGCGCCGUUGCUUCCUUCAUCUCACUAUUCUAUCCUUCAUUGGCACUCUCUUUAUCUCCAAAUGCGGAAGUCGCGUAUGCUGGAGAAACAAUACCCGAUGUCGUUUUGGAAUUUGCGACACCAGACGAUCCCAUUCGGAAUAAAGAUAAAGCUCGACAGAGUAAAGAAGGACCAUUCUUCUGGACUCAGAAUCUUGGUGCCAAUGCUUCUGAUGCUAUUGCACGGAGAUACGGGCAGUCGGUUCCAGACUUUACUUAUUCGAAUUCCAACAAAAAGCCUUUCUCUUUGCUGACAUGGAACAUUUUGUCGCAAAAGCUCUACGAUGCCCAAAUCAAACGCCAAAAUGAUUCUACUGGGAUGGAACAAUUUGGAUACUCCUGGAUGGAACGACUACAAUGGAUCGUUGAGACGCUGGCAUCAGUCGAUGCUGAUAUUGUUUGCCUUCAAGAAGUGGAUCUUGAACCCUUCAACCAAGACUUGCUCCCAUCAAUGAAUCGCCUCGGCUACAAUGGAGCCAUCCAAGGAGGGGAAAAUGUUCAAGAAAUCAACCGUCGUAAGGGGAAGGGAAAACGAGCCCAUCUAGUUGCCACUUUUUGGAAAUCUCGGUUUGAGCCUUUGGACGUGAAUGGGUUCGAUCAAGUUGACGGUGCCGUCUUGGCCAGGGGACGAACGCUGACUACCCUGCUACAAGACCAAAGAGAAGGCAAUCCAAUUUUGGCUGUGAUCAACUGUCAUUUAGAGGGGCAUCCAAGACAGUAUUCUGCCAGAAUCAAGCAACUGCAGCACGCUAUGGAUGAUUUAGUUGUCCGAUGUGCUGGAGUUCCAUUGAAUGGUUUGUGCAUUGCAGGUGACUUCAAUUGUGAGUUGCAAAGCUCUGCUUGUUCGACGUACCUUCGCAUCGGACGCAUAGGACGAAAAGGUGGACUAGGUGGCGUCCACGGCACAUCAGCAAAUGCAGUUCCUCCAAGCUUGUUGGAAUGUGAUGAAGCUGCAAAAUGCUUGGAUCCUAUUCUAGAAUGGGGGAAACCCAUUCCAAAUGAUGAACUGGAAAAGGUACAACCACAUCCAUUCCGAGCGAAUAGUUUAUGUUCUUGUUACCCAGAAUUCCUCGGAAAACAAGACGCUCGAAAGCAUUUUACAUUCUGUGCUCGCCCCAAUCGACCAGUUGCUGGAUUGGAUCAGAUUUGGUAUUCGAGUCUAUCUUUGAAACGGUUAGCCCUACGAAAACCUCUUUCAACCAGUGCAGAUCGUCUUCGCGUGUUGACAAACGGUUUACCAGCACAGCGACUGCCGUCUGACCAUCUGCCUAUCGGGACUAUCUUGGAUUGGAAUGCCGUUCCUUACUCAUCGAUAAGCUCUUCAUCAGAACAAAUCCAAGAGAUCCCCCAACUCCAAAUAAGACCAAAAGACUUACCAGCAGCUCCAAAACCAAAAUCUCCAAUCAUGGCAUUCACAGAAUUGGAUAUGCUUCUGGUUACCUGUCCAUAUGAUUCUGAGAAACAACGAGAGGAAUUGGAAGCCAUUGUAGAUGAUGUUCCAGAUUUGCCACCAGACAAUCAAAAGCCUUCAUCGGAACAACUGAAGAAGCUCUCUGAAAUGAAAGAACGCAGAAAACAACUCCUGAUGGGUGCAUCGGAGAGUGCUCGAACUGUCAUGCAACGUAUCCUAAAGUUGAAGAAGGAGGUCGUGGCUUACGAGAAUGCAUUCUGA